UUCCAUUGAUGCUGCACAACUAAGCUCACUAAGUUCAGACUUGUACCACAAGCUCCCUUUUCCCCAAACCAAAUACACAACCCAUUUAGAUUCUGAUCAACAAUUCAUCCUCUCAAGUUUCAGCUAUGGGAUUCAGAUUUCAAAAUCUCAAUUCCCUACGCACAAGACUGUCUGCUCUCUACAAACCCCACCCCAUCCAAACUCUCAAUUCCCAUCUCCAACAUCACUCUCUGAUUCUCCACCAGAACUCAAUUUACUCAAUUCCCAGAAGAUGGCAUUUGGGCCACUCCCACGGCCCAGAUGAGGAUUACGGCAAAGAAGGCGAGAAGAUCUUCCGGCUGGGUUUGGCUGCUGAUAUUGGUCUCGCUACCGGUAAAGCUUUGACCGGUUACUUGUCCGGCAGCACCGCCAUAAUCGCCGACGCCGCCCAUUCUGUCUCCGACGUGGUUCUUAGCAGCAUUGCGUUAUUGUCGUUUAAAGUUGCCAAGGCGCCGAGAGACAAAGAACACCCAUAUGGACAUGGGAAAUUCGAGACUCUAGGAGCACUUGGAAUCUCUUGUAUGCUGUUGGGAACUGCUGGUGGCAUUGCGUGGCAUGCUUUGGACAUUUUGAUGGGAUUGUAUUCAGCAAAUCCAGAAGUAGUUAGUCGGUCAUUGACACACCAUAGUGGGCAUCACCAUGGAGUUGACAUGGAGCACCCAUCUCUAGCUUUGAGCAUGAUGGUUCUCUCAAUUGCUGUCAAAGAAGGGCUAUACUGGAUCACAAAACAGGCAGGAGAGAAACAAGGUAGUGGACUGAUGAAAGCAAAUGCAUGGCACCACCGUGCAGAUGCCAUUUCCUCAGUAGUUGCUCUCAUAGGAGUAGGAGGUUCAAUCCUAGGAGUGAAGUUUCUAGAUCCCCUUGCUGGACUUCUUGUCUCGGGCAUGAUCCUAAAGGCUGGUAUUGAAACAGGGCACCAGAGUAUCUUGGAAUUGGUGGAUGCUGCAAUUCCUACGAAAGAGUUGGAUCCUAUCAAACAAACAAUCUUACAAGUUGAGGGAAUGAAGGGAUGUCAUCGCUUAAGAGGAAGGAGGGCUGGUUCAUCUCUUUACCUUGAUGUACAUAUUGAGGUUGAUCCCUUUUGUAGUGUUAGCGCAGCACAUGACAUUGGCGAAAAGGUUCGUCGUCAAAUUCACAAAACUUAUCCCGGAGUCUCCGAGGUUUUUAUACACAUAGAUCCUUCCCUUCCAACAGCUUCCCCCAAUGCAGAAGAGCUAAACGAAUUUCCAGGAGGUCCACACCAGAGUUCUCCAACAGUUGACGACAAUGACAUUGAUGCAGCUGUAUCCAGUAUCAUCUCAUCUAAAUUUGCCGAGAAAAUGAUUGUAGAGCGCGUAACACAUCACUUGUUGCAAGGAAAGAUGUUUCUCCAAAUCCAGGUUUCCAUGCCCCCAGACAUCUUGAUUCGGGAUGCGAUAGAAGUAGCAAAGGGAGCUGAAGAAGAGAUUUCAAAGGCGGCAACUAAUAUUACUCGUGUGAGCAUUCAGCUACGCCUGGGAAGUCCAAUCCCAGAACUCAACCAUUAGUCCAUUACUAAACAAAACAUAGUUGGCAUGCAGGCAUCUGUGUCAAACUACUUAAUAAUACAUGAUCAUUUGAAGUUGUUAAACUGAAUAGUGAUUUUGUCCACAUUUUAACAUGAACAACGAUGCUAAGCACUGUAUCACUUUUCAAGUUG